AUGUCCAGCGAGGGCGGCCAGGCAGUCCUCCCCAGGCAGAGCCUCUCCAGCCCUCUUCAGCCCUCUCCUCCCCAGGCCUUCUGGGCCCUCAGUCUGUGUGUCUCUUUCUCUUUGUCCCCCAGGCUCCUUUUGCUUCUCCAGAGCUUUACCAGCUACACAGACAACAUCACCAGCAAUGAGCUGAUCCCUGCUGCCCGCGAUGUGGGGCCCUGUAUGUCCAUUGGGCUCACCGUGCGCAGGUACUGGACCAGCAUGUUGAGGCUGGGAGAGCUCUACCGGCAAUCACAGACUCAGGUAGGGAUGGCUGUCCCGGCAGCAGGCUGCGCCCCUAUCCAGGGAGGGGCUGACGGCUACCCCCCUCUUGAGACCACGAUUGUUUCAGGCCUGUUUCUCCACCAUCACAAGACAAAGCAGGAAGAUUCCCCUGUCCUCCCUGACCAGAGCGAGGCAGCCGACAACCAUCACCCAGUCAUCCCCGAGCCCGAGGCCUUGGAAGGGGGCGAGAGUGAGACCGACAGGGCCCUGACACCCGGCCCCCCCCCCCCCUGCCAGCCUCAGGAUGCCAGCCCCGCCGGGCCCCCCGUGCCCGCUGCCUCGGCCAGCACCACCCGCAGCAUCCACACCCAGACCAUCGACACAGCCUUGGUUCCCUGCGAUGCCUGUAGCAGCGUCCAGCGGAGCUUGUGGGAGGUGAGCAAAGCCAUCGUCAGCCUGUGCGUCAGCCAGAACCUGCCCUCGUCCUUGGACAAGUUUCAGCAUCUGGUGCAUGAGACCAUGGGGCAGCAGCCCAUGUCGGUCAUGGACCUGAGCUACUGGGCAGCUGAACAGAGCAAAGACCUGUCCCGCAUCGGCAAGCACCUGUUGGCCCUGAGGCAGGUGGUCAGCCCCAUCCGGACGCAGCUGGAGGAGGCCGAGCGGCUGAAGCAGCAGCUGGUGCAACAGCUGGAGGACCAGGGGCAGGAGCUGCAGAAGGAGCGGGCUGAGCAACAGCAGCAGUGGCUGGACACCGAGAGGCAUUGGGCUGAGCAGGCACAGAAACAAGGACAGGCACUGGCCCAGCUGGAGGAGGAGAAGCAGGCGCUGCUCUCAGAAACAAGCCUCCUGAAGCAGACGGUGGAGACGCUGAGUGAGGAGCUGAAGCAGAAAGAAGAUGCCAUCCAGGACCUGGAGGCGAAGAAACAGCAGAUGCAGGAGGACAUGAGCAACAUGGUGAAAAAAAGCGAGGUCAAGCAGCUGGAGGCCCGGGUGCAGCUGCUGACCGGGCGCCUGGAGAAUGCCAGUCAGCAGUUCAGCUGGGCCAGCACGGAGCUGGACAAGGAGAAGGCAAAAGUAGAGAGCAUGAUCCGGCACCAGGAGUCCCUGCAGGCCAAGCAGAGGGCCCUGCUCCAGCAGCUGGACAGCCUGGAUCAAGAGCGGGAGGAGCUCCGGACCAGCUUGGAAGAGGCAGAGGUACAGCAAGCUAACCUCGAAGGUCAGCUGCAGGCCGCAUGUGGAGACAAGGAGCACAUGGAGGUCCAGCUAAAGGCCCAGCAGGAGCUGCUGCAGAGCCUCCAGCAGGAGAAGCAGGGCCUGGAAUGGGCCACGGAGGAGUUGCAGGUGACCGUCUACCAGCUGGACAAGUCGAUCCUGGAGCUGAAGGAGCGGGAGCGGCUGCUGGUGGCCUUCCCUGACCUCCAUGUCCCCAGCGAGGCCCAGUUUGAGAGCUCUGGGAACGUGGUUGAGGACAUGGAGAGGCAGGUGCAGGCCAAUGACAUCCGCAUCCGCGUCCUGGAGGAGGACAACAUGCGUCUGCGGGCCACGCUGGCCAAGCUGAACGAGGUGACCCAGCAAGGCGAACUCAAGGCCCAGAUCUGGUCUUCAUCUCCUAAAGGGACCCAAACAGGGACCUUCAGCCAUUUCCGAAGACCUUCUCCAGGUCCCCACAGCGCGUCUGCCAGCCGCCGGGACCGUCCCUCUAGCAGCCGACCCAGCAGUGACAGCAGCCUCUCUGGCCAUGCCUCCCGGCCCCAGCCCGGCUGCCCCAAGGCUCCUCGUGCCCAGAGGUCCUUCCGCUCUCCGUUAACCGUCACAGGCUCCUCAAAGGCCUCUGGCAGCGCCAACAUUGCCUACGUGGAACUUCGAGGGAAGGGCAGUGGGAAGCAUAACUUGGCGGGUUCUGCACACCAGCUGAGGUAGCAGGAGGUGACCACAGGGACAAGAAGGUGGCCUGGCCAGCCUAGCCCACGAAUCAAUAAAGCCAACAGCCUCUUCCU